UUAUAGCUGCAGAACAGAACAAAUAAAAAAAAGCAAAAAAACCAAAGAAAGCUUUAGAGAUAGAAAGAGAAAGUGAAAAUAAGAACAAGGAGAAAAUUAGGGUUCUUUUUGGCUUGUGUGAAUUUCACUAAUUCAGAUCUAAUUCUUCAGAUCUGAUACAUUAUUGUUGCCUUUAGUGCAAAAUUUUCAGAUUUUGGGGUUGUUUUUGCAAUUAUUGAUAAAGAUGGUGGAGCUGAAUAAUUGUUCUAAUUCUGAAGAGAAUGGUGGUGUUGAUUCUCUUGAAGUUCGAUUCACAGAUUUCUGCAAGAAUGGUUUGUCCAUGGGUGAAAGCUUUGUAACUGAAGCAACAAAGCUGUUUAAUGACAGUAAACAUCUUUUACUGUCAAAUAACUCUGCUAUUGGAGUUAUAACGCAGGAGGGAGUUGAACGGUAUUGGUUUGUGUUUGUUCUGUACUCGGUAAAGAGAUUAAGUGAGAAGGAAGCGGGAAAUUCGAGUAAUGGAAAUGAAGGAAAUGCAUUUUCUUUGUGCCAGAUUUUACGGGGGGCGAAACUCAAUGUUGUAGACUUCUUCAAAGAACUUCCGCAAUUUAUUCUAAAAGUUGGUCCAACAUUAAGCAAUCUGUACGGUUCAGAUUGGGAGAAGAGACUUGAGGCAAAGGAAUUGCAGACCAACUUCGUGCAUUUGAGCCUUUUAAGCAAGUACUACAAGCGAGCGUACCAAGAACUGUUUCUGGCUAGUGGUAACAACGAAGAUAAGCCCUCUGCUACUUCUAAUUCUGCUAUCCACUUGCCGCAAUAUUAUCGUUUUGGCUGGUUGCUAUUUCUUUCACUUCGCAUCCAUGUAUUCAGCCGCUUCAAGGACCUUGUGACAUGCACAAAUGGUUUAGUUUCAGUGCUGGCAAUCUUAAUAAUACAUGUACCUGUCCGCUUCAGAAAUUUCAACAUCAAUGACUCCUCGCGGUUUGUUAAGAAAGGAGACAAAGUGGACUUGCUUGCAUCAUUAAGCAAAAUUUAUCAGACCUCAAUAGAUGAUUUAAGGGAGACCAUGGACAAAGUUAACAAUCUAAUAACAGAAAAGUUGAAGAAGAAACCUUGUUUGGCUUCAGAAUUUAGGACGGAGAACCUGGACAACCUUGACACAGAUGGUUUAACCUAUUUUGAAGAUUUAAUGGAAGAAUCAUGUUUAUCUUCCAGUGUAAGUAUAUUGGAGAAGGAUUACAGUGAUGCAAUACAGAACAAGGGUGAAUUGGAUGAGAGGAUUUUUGUCAAUGAGGAGGAUAGCUUGCUAGGGUCAGGAAGCUUGUCUGGAGGUGCAGUCAACAUGAAUGGAAUCAAGAGAAAAUUUGAUGCAAUGGCUUCCCCAGCAAAAACGGUUACAAGUACACUCUCUCCUUACCGUUCUCCAAAUUGUGCUAACUCAAAGAUGACAGCAGCUACACCUGUAAGCACAGCGAUGACAACUGCCAGGUGGUUGCGUACUGUCAUAGCUCCGCUACAACCAAAACCUUCAGCAGAGCUGGAGAGAUUCUUGUCCUCCUGUGACAGAGAUGUAACAGCUGACGUGAUCCGGAGAGCUCAGAUUAUUCUCGAGGCUAUAUUUCCAAGUAGUGGUCCUGCGGAACAUUGUGCAGCUGGUGGGAGCCUGCAAAGUACGAGCUUAAUGGACAACAUAUGGGCAGAGCAACGUAGAUCCGAGGCUUUGAAGCUGUAUUAUAGGGUUCUGCAGACUAUGUGCACUGCAGAAUCCCAGAUUUUAAAUGGGAGCAAUUUAACUUCGUUGCUAACGAAUGAGAGGUUUCAUAGAUGUAUGCUCGCCUGUUCAGCUGAACUGGUUCUUGCCACUCACAAAACAGUUACUAUGCUGUUUCCUGCUGUCUUAGAGAGAACAGGAAUCACAGCUUUCGAUCUCAGUAAGGUGAUAGAGAGCUUCAUCAGGCAUGAAGAAAGUCUUCCUCGAGAACUGAGACGACAUUUGAAUUCACUUGAAGAACGACUCUUGGAGAGCAUGGUUUGGGAAAAGGGAUCUUCAAUGUACAACUCUUUGGCUGUCGCAAAACCAUCACUUGCCGCAGAAAUCAAUCGCAUGGGCUUGUUGGCUGAACCAAUGCCAUCCUUGGAUGCAAUUGCAAUGCACAUAAACCUUUCUUCAGGAAGCUUACCGCCACUGCCUUCUCUACACAAGAACAACUUGGCCCCUAACGGUCAAAUCGGUGAUAUCCGGUCGCCAAAGAAAGUGUGUUCCGAAUAUCGCAGUGUUUUGGUUGAGCGAAAUUCCUUCACAUCACCUGUGAAGGAUCGUUUUCUGGCUCUCAACAAUAUAAAAUCAAAGUUUCCCCCUCCAGCUUUGCAGUCUGCAUUCGCAAGCCCAACUAGACCAAACCCUGGUGGUGGAGGGGAAACGUGUGCUGAGACAGCAAUAAAUGUGUUCUUUGGCAAGAAUACCACUUCUUCUUCUUUUCUUCCAAGUUUUCAUGAGCCCUUAUUUCUCACAUUUAUCUCUUGUUUCUGCUUUCAGAUGGAUGCCUUAAUUUCCCAUAGCUCUAAAAGUUAUUAUGCUUGUGUGGGAGAAAGCACUCAUGCUUAUCAGAGCCCUUCGAAAGAUCUGGAUGUAAUCAAUAACCGUUUGAAUGGCAAUCGGAAGCUUAGAGGCGCUCUCAAUUUUGAUGUUGAUGCGGGCUUGGUUAGUGACUCUAUUGUUGCCAACAGCCUUUACCUUCAAAAUGGAAACUGCAGAUCACCGGUUGCACAUGUGAAAACUGAGCAGCCUGAGUCCUAAUGCUAAAGAACUUGCAUGUAAAUAACACUUUUGGUUUAUGACAUUUCUUUUUUAGUAUUAAGCUACGCUAAGGUAGAGCGGUAAGUUAUUGUAAAAUCGCCGCCACCAACCUGGUAGUUCUUUAUCUGUUGAUUUCUGAUUCUGGGAAUAUAUAUAGAUGGCUAUUUCCCCUAAUAAGAGUAUUAGUUUUACUUCAA